UUUAGAAAUCCCAAUUUCCAAAGCCCUGUUUAGAAGCAUCCUUCUAAAUCAAACUUAACAUUUUUAACUGUACUCAUUCUGUAACCAGAAAAGGUUAUUUUGUGUUGUCUUUCUCUCUCAUCUUACCAGUGGCUCUAAUCUUUCCUUACAAAAAACCCUUUCUUUUUAUAGGAAAAGUGGAAGCAGCCAAAUAUUAUUCUGUUCCUUGCUCUGUUUGUUACUCUUCUUUUCUCCCUCUGUUCUCUAGCUGUGCUACCUGUGUGUGCUUAUUAAUUUUCCCCACAGAGACUACAAAUUAGAAGCACGCCCACCAGAGAUUCACAGUCGAUGAGAACUACACUCACCUGCCCAUUACACACUCAACAUCAACCCACAUUGCACAUUUACACCUCUGUUUUGCCUUGUAUUGUUUUGUUUUCUCCUCUUCAAAGUCUGUGUCAGUCUAGGUUCUAGAUCUCCCUCACCGCGUCAAAACAUGUCUCGCACAACAGACCCUGUUGGCCACUGGGAGGACCUGGAGACAUGGCUAAGUGUUGCAACAGACAGCCUCCUACCUAAGGCUGCUGAAACACUGAAGCAUCAGACACAGGACCAGCUGGAUGAAAUCAUAACAAGCCUCACGAGACAAGACCCAAGUCAGAGCUACAGUCACAAAGAACUAGCUAAGAUCACCGGCUCCUUAAGCCACACACUCAUCGCCACCCUUAAGCUGAGCGACAGGCACGCCGCCCAUCUCCAGCAGGAGCUAACACACGCACAACGACGUAUCGAACAGCUAGAACUGGAGGCUCAGGAACAACGGGAAUGACCUGAUGAAGUGGAACAAGGCGCCGAGGCGGAGAUCACCAGGUUAAAAGAGUCACGUGUAGCUACUACACAAGAAAUGGAACAAGUCAAGGCAGACUACGCUGAUCUCUCCAACAAGCUACAGUAUGCGGAACAUCUCCUUGAAAAGGCCAAGGCCGACUUCAGAGACAAGAACAGCAGAAUUAAAGCCCUUGAAACUCACCUGGAUGAGUCAAGAAACGAGAUCAGCCGCCUAACACGACAGCUGGGCUACAUCAAAGAGGAGUCAGACAGCUUCAGAGAGGAACUCAGACAUGCCUACGAGCUGCGCUCUGAGCCUCCGAGGACACGACGGACACCAGUCUCACCCCCGCCAAGCAGGCCCGGGUCCCCUGUUCCUGGACUGACACAUGAUCAAAAGGGGGCAGUGCUAAAACACCCAUCUGCUCCCCUCGAAGAACUUUACAUCCUGACAAAGCUAAAAGAAACUGCUCCAGCCAGCCACAGAUCAUCGUGUGGCUUGGACCUCAAGGACCUUGACAAGCUUACUAGGAACACUGGCAAAUUUACCGCAAAUGUGCCAUGUAGUCAAGAGAUCAAAGGAUAUCUGCAAGAUGUCGACUUUCAUCUGGAAAUGAGACCCAGUACCACCGACAAAGAUAGACUUUAUUUGAUCCGAGCAACAUCCAGCUCAGAGGUUCGCAGUUUCCUGGACCGACAGCCGGCCCACACAAAGACUGAUUACAACCUGUUCAGAGAAGCCCUCAUCAAAGAGUUUGCUGACCCUGAGUCGGAACAAGGACUAGUGGAUGCCCUGGAGACGAAACAAGGUUGUCAGGAAUCUUCCCAAUUGUUCUACAGCCGACUCAGAGAAGCAUACUUCGGGACUCACAAUGAACAGAAUAUGGAGGAAGACGUAAAUUUUAAAACUCUCUUCCUGAGGAAUCUUCACCCUGGGGUAAGCCACCAUCUUGGCGUCCUUGCAUGUCCACACACAAUGAGUGCUCAACAACUGCGAGACUUGGCACAAAAGGCCUACUGCAAACAGAAGAUGACAUCAGAUAAGCGCAUCAAAACCAUGGCAGUUCUCGACUUCAACACCCAGAGUCAGGGGCUGGCCCUAGAGGGCGCCCAACGUCAAGAUCAUGCCAAGCCAACACCCAAAGAGUGGAAUGCAUCCUCGUCCAACAGAGAACGGGACUCCCACGCUGGUACCCGACCUAAACGAAGGAAAAAUCACUGGGAUGGACCACAUGGACGACAACGCUCACCGGGACAUCACUGGAAAAACUCAUGGGACCAGUCAAGACCUCAUGAGAGACAUUGGAAAAUAUCGUGGAACCAGCCAAGCUCAUUUGGAAACUCAAGAGAAAGCUCAUGGGAAUUCAAUGGAAUCUCCAAGGUAAAACGACAAACAUACCCUGGAGCAACCAGCCCAAGGAAUCAACGAAAAAACUCACAAAGAUUCCAAGCUGAUCGAGCCCAAACUGAAUCCAAGCAAGAACAAAAGGCUUCAUCGUGCUUUGACUCACAAGAACUGAUUAAGAUGAUGAUAAAAGAGUUCUUCCAACAAAAUGAGGAGGACCGGAAGUGGGAAAAGAAAGAGAAACCAGAUUCAGCCUGACUAGCAACCGGACGAGAAGACAGCGACUACCUGACCCAACAAACCACAGAGAACAGCACUCCUUCACCUCACUCUCAGAGAACCGUAACUACCCUAACUUCAGAUGGACUAGAAAUCCUACCUGAAAA